CAAGCAUAUGUACCGAAACUCGCUCCAGGCGUCACUCAUUUUCAGUCCUUCACAUUUCAUUCCAUGGACGGCUUUGACGACCUUCUCGCACCCUCUCGGAACGUCCUCGAAGAGAAUCCAUUCGAAGACCCGUUCUCCAAACGUUCAUCUUCACCAGAUCCAUGGUCUAGCUUCACGCAUAAUGAGCCAGGGCCAACGCAUCAUGAUAUCGACUACUACAGGACCGGCUUCGAGGACGAGCCAGAGCGCAGUACUAGUGCAACACCUACGACUGCCUCGUAUGUAACAGGCGACCGCGGGCACAGCGACCAGAACAGCCUGAGUGUAGCUGACCCACUAGAUGCGGCCGCAGUGACUGCUGACUCGGAGGAUCAUAAUGAUGGGCAUAGCACAGCGCCGACAGAUGCUACCUCCCCACGUAAACCGGGCUUCAGCAUAUAUACAUCUAGCGCGGAAGACCACACAACGACAGUCUCCGAAGCCAAAUCAGAAUCGCCCGCUCCUGAUGAUGACAAGCCUGUCAGAGCGGUAACACCACCUCACCAGGAGUCAUCCCUAUCAUUUACUGCAGCUCUUUCCCCCACCGAAGUUCCCGCUCCUUUUGAUAGCCCAGAGCGUGCUGCUAUCUCGCCGCUGGAACGGAGUUUCUCGCCAGUAAUUGAACAAUCCUUUGCAAGUGUUGCAGUAGAAGCGGAAUCUCAGCGAGGUUGGCAGUCUGACUGGGGAGCGAAUGACCCAUUGCCACCCGUUCAUUCUCCCGUCGUAAAUACGACAGCCGAUGAUGAAGACGAUGAUGACAAGCCGAUUUGCCAAUCUGCCAAAUUCAAGGGCAUAGACAGAAUAAACUCUCCUCAGCUGGCGAGUUCACCUGCUAGGAGCGGCGAUUCAUCAGCUCCUAUCUUCGUUAUUUCUGUCGAUGAUCCUCAGCGUGUGGGUGACCCCAUUCGGGCGUUCACCAUGUAUACCGUGCAUACGCGAACGAACUCUCCGCUUUUCCAGAAGUCAAUAUUCUCUGUGCUACGCCGGUAUUCAGACUUCCUAUGGCUAUAUGAAACCCUUUCAACGAACAACCCGGGUGUCGUUGUCCCUCCAGUGCCAGAGAAAAGUCCAUUUGGGCGUUUCGACGAGACAUUUGUACAACAGCGACGUCUGGCGCUCGAGAAAUGUAUCCAAAAGAUUGUCAACCACCCGGUGCUGGCAAAGGACCCUGACCUCAAGCUGUUCCUCGAAAGUGACACUUUCUCCUUAGACAUCAAACACAGGAAAGCUGAGAUUUCGCACGAAAGGGGAGGACUAAUGGCAUCUAUCGGCCAAACUUUAGCGGGUCCACGGUUUCAUGAAACCGAUGAGUGGUUCGAUAAACAGCGUGCAUAUCUGGAUGGCCUCGAAUCACAGCUGCGAGGAUUAGUGAAGUCAAUAGAGGUCGUUGCGAAGCAGCGAUCCGAGUUGGCUGCUGCAACUGGGGAGUUCGCCACUGCGAUCACUGAUCUGUCGCUCUCUGACAUUGGGAAGCAAUUGGAGCAAUCCUUGGCUGCUAUGGCUGACGUUCAGCAUAAGGCUGAGGAAGUUCAGACCAUUCAGUCACAACAGGACAUAAUGACUCUUUUAGCUACCGCGGACGAAUAUUCAAGAUUAAUCAAUUCUGUUCGAUUGGCUUUUAACUCUCGCAUGCGAACGUACACUGCCUGGCAAAAUGCUGAUUCUGACGUCCGCCGUGUUAAGCAAAACCAUGAACGACUUCGAGCUCAGGGUCGUCUACCUACAGAUCGGAUGAGCCACACCGUUAGCCAAGUAUCAGAGGCUGAACGUCGAGCUUUGGAUGCCAAGCACGAAUUUGACCAAUGCUCAAAGCUGAUCAAAUCUGAAAUGGCGAGAUUUGAGCAGGAGCGGGUGGAUGAUUUCAAGAUAACUUUACAAUCGUUCCUGGACGGCAUGAUCUCCAGACAGAAAGAGCUCAUUGCUACGUGGGAGAACUACCAACAAAUCCUCCUGAAACGUGUUGCUGCUCCCGAUGGGAGCAAGGUUUGACAGCCAUAGCGAAGUGAAAACAUUUAUCGUUUGCGGAUAUACUUUACCUGUCGUGCGUCGAGCGUUUUUGUGAUCAUGUCAUAUAAAGCUUGGAGAUUCAUGCGAAUGCUGCUCUCGAUUCGUUUGUUGUAAAAUUGAACGUACAGAAAUUGGUAAUCGGCGUCAAAUCUCGUCUUACAGCUACUGGGAAAAUAAGACACUUGAUUGAUCGCCUCGGUGGAGUUCGAAGGACUUCUACCUCCAGAUAAAAACAAAAGCUUUCUGCGAUGUUGUGCGCUGUAAGGUAUUAAAUGUAAGU